CCCAGCCAGACUCUCUGGUUGGGAGGAACGGCUUUCACUGGAUUCUCUGCGACACUCUGCAAACAUCAGCAGCAGCUGCAGCAGCUCUCAAAGACUUCACUACAUCAUCUGCCGUGACGCUGCAAUGACCUCACUCAGGCUGGUGCCCUUGCUGCACUCCCUCCUUCUCCUCCAAGUCCAUCUUUCCAACCAGAUAGAGGACAACAAGAUCCCUCCCAGUCUGUGCACUGGUCACCCUGGUAUCCCGGGCUCUCCUGGAGCUCACGGGAGUCCUGGUCAGCCGGGGAGAGACGGGAGGGACGGGAGAGAUGCUGCUCCUGGGGAGAAGGGAGAGAAGGGGGACAGGGGAGAACCAGGUGAGACAGGAGUGCGAGGCCUGACAGGGGACAGAGGUGACCCAGGAGAUAAAGGAGAGAGGGGCCAGGCAGGAGAGUGUGCGGUGGCCCCCAAAUCAGCCUUCAGUGCCAAACUAUCUGAGACCCGCACUUUACCCCCGACUGUAGGCGAUGUAGUGCGCUUCGACAAGAUCGUGCUCAAUGAGCAGGGCGACUACAACGCGGAGACGGGACGCUUCACCUGCAAAGUCCCUGGAGUGUACUACUUCGCCGUCCACGCCACAGUGUACCGUGCCAGCCUGCAGUUUGACCUGAUGAAAAACGCACACACGGUGGCAUCUUAUUUCCAGUUCUACGGCAACUGGCCCAAACCGGCAUCUCUAUCAGGCGGCUCCCUGCUCCACCUCGUCCCUGGUGACCAGGUGUGGGUCCAGAUGGCUCUGUCAGAGUACAACGGAUUAUACUCCAGCACCAAGACAGACAGCACCUUCACCGGCUUCCUGGUGUACUCAGACUGGAAAAACUCGGCUGUUUUUGCAUGACAUGUGCAUAUGAACAAAACAAAGUCAUAUCCCAAUUUGGGAAAUGAACCACAACCGGUUUCUUUUUUCUUUUUUUUUUUUGUUCGUUCAGUUGUUCUAAUUGAGCAGUUCUGGAUAAAAACAAGUGAAUAAGAUGUGACUUGGUACAUCUGUAUUUGUGUAAGAAGUAAAAGAAUAACACUCCAGACAAUGUUACUUGAAUGGCACAUACCGUACUGGUGAAGUGUGAGGUUGUGAGGUACAGACACACACAAGCAGCAGUAACAUUUAUUCAGUGUCUGUUCUUCUGUUCUUUAAACUGCUGUGGCACUAAAUUCUCUUAACAGAUGUUAUGACAAAGGCCUCCAGCCAACUCCAGGCCACACAGCUUUCAUGCUACUAUUGCACUUCGUCUUCCUGUUAAUUUCUGCACAGCGAACAUGAAGAAAUGAAUAAAUCAUUGUUGUUUUUAAAACACACACACACACACACACACACACACACACAGACUGACAUACUUGAUACUUGACAAACCUGAGGAGAUCAGUUUGACUAAUUGUUGCAAUAAGUCAGUUCUACACUUUCAACUUGAGAGAUAUUUGAUAUUUGUAUCACUACUUAAGUUGAAGUAUUAUCAGCAAAAUGUACAAGUAUUUAAAGUAAAACUACUCUUUCUGCAGAAAAAUAGCUCCUUUGAGUCAUAUAUUAUUGUGAAUGAAAAGAUAAAAUUGUUAAUACUGACGCAUCAGUAUGUGGCAUUUUACUGUUGUAGCUGCUCAAAGUGGAGCUAGUUUUAAUAAAUCUGAGGGGUUAUGAGAUGACUGAUAGGACAGGAAGGGAGAAACAAUUCACACUCCCCCUCCCCUCCUUUUUGAAUAAUUUCACUUCACUGAGCUUCAAAUUGUCAUUUAAAUGAAACCAUCUGAGAAGUUUAGACAGGAAUUCACUCCUUGUUGGAGCUGCUAACAACUCGUAGACAUCUGAAACACGACAACUGCUCUUUUGUGAGGGGUCACAAGCCCAAAGGUUUGGGAACCACUGGUUUAAUCGUUAACAUGUUUUUUAAACGUUUUUUAAACCUUAAUCUGAGAAGUAAGUAGUAGCUAUAACUGUUAAUAGAUAAAUGCAGUGUGCAACGUUUCCCUCUGAAAUGUAAUGGACUACAUGAAUAAAAUAGCAUAAUGUGGAAAUACUCGAGUAAAAUUUAAGUACUUCAAAAGUACAGUACUUCAGUCAGUAAAUGUACUUGGUUACGUUCCACCACUGCCUGAUUAAUCAACUUUCACUUGGCACUUUUAUCAAUAAAAUUUGACACCCAA